UUGUGGUGAAGUCUUUGUGCUGAAACCACUUGUGGCAUCUCUCUCGAGUAUUUCAAGGAUCCAGAGAUCAUCCCAGAGUGUGGGCACAACUUCUGCAAUCCUGCCUGAUGUAGGGCUGCCAUAUUUCAAAAACUAAAAUUCCUGACAACCGCAAAGCUGUUGAAAAUUUAACUCUUUCAUUGACGCAAGGAAGCCAUGGCUGCUGCAGGGGGUCCCGUCCAAAGUCUGUGUGAUGAAGUUACUUGCUCCAUCUGCCAGGAUUACUUCAAGGAUCCAGUGACCAUCGCAGAGUGUGGGCACAACUUUUGCCGAUCUUGCUUGCGCCAGUGCUGGAGGAAAUUGGAGGCAACAGAGAAUUCCUGCCCUCAAUGCAGAAUAACUGUCCAGCGAAGGAACCUCAUAUUCAACGAACACCUGGCCAACGUGGUAGAAAAAGCCAAGAAGCUGAGUCCUCACCUUAGGAAAGGGAAGGUCUGUGAGAAGCACCAGGAGACCCUGAAGCUCUUCUGCAAAGAACACGGAACCCCCAUCUGUGUGGUUUGUGACAGAUCCAAGGAACAUGAAAAUCACAAGGUGAUUCUUCUGGAGGAAGCUGCCAAAGAGUACAAGGGAGAGAUCUGCAGCCGCCUGGAGAUUCUGAAGAAAGAACAAGAAACCAUUCUGGCCUCUCAGGCAGACCUGGAAAAGGACAGCCAGGAUCUCCUUAAAUUAACAGAAUCUGAGAAGCAGAGGACAGUGGAGAUCUUUAGACAGCUGCGCCAGUUUCUGGAAGAACAAGAAAAAUGUCAGCUGCAUGAAAUAGAAGAGGUGGAGAAAGAGGUUGCAAGGAGAAGGGAAGAGCAGCUGGCCAGACUCUCCAGGAAACUAUCUUCUCUUAAGGGGAUCAUCCAGGAGAUGGAAGAGCAACGACAGAAGCCAGCGAGUGAACUCCUGCAGGAUGUGAGAAGCACCUUGCAGAGGUAUGAGAAAAGAGAGAAAUUGGAGACUCAGUUCGUUUUCCCUCCACAGCUGAAGAGGAAAGCCUCAAGAUUCCGUGACAUAAAUUGUAUCAUUGCGAAUGCAAUGAAACAAUUCAAAGAUUCUCUUUUAUUCAGACAAAUGCUUCAAGAAGCAAAUAUCACUCUCGAUCCAGACACAGCCCAUCCCAAACUCAUCCUGUCGGAGGAUCGGAAAAGCGUGAGAAGUGGAGACAAAGAGCAAAACCUGCCCAACAAUCCUGAGAGAUUCAACACCUGUCAAUCUGUGUUGGGAUGUGAGGGAUUCACAGCAGGCAGACAUUUCUGGGAAGUCAAUGUGGAAAGUGAGGGAUGGUGGGCUUUGGGGGUCACCAGGAAGUCUGUGAGGAGAAAGGGUGUCAUUGCCUUAAUCCCCGAGGAAGGGAUCUGGGCGGUGGGGAGGUUGGGAGGCAAGUACUGGGCCUGCACAUCCCCUCAAUGCUCUCCUCUGUCUUUGAGUGGGGAACUCAAGAGGAUACUAGUGACUCUGGACUGUGAAGGGGGACGUGUGUCUUUUUCUGACACCGAUUCAGGAUCUGAACUCUACACAUUCUCAGGAGCUUCAUUCUCUGGAGAGACCCUCCUCCCUUUCUUUCAUCUGUCAGAUAAUAGAACCCACCUCAGUAUCGCCUGAAGAGACAAAAUAUACCUCUCAGGCCUAGCAAGAGUUUCUCUCCAGUCCAGAGUGACUGAGAGAAAAACAAACCCCACCAAGAGCCAUUUGGACAGUUUUUCAGUAGC